CAAAAGCUCGUGGAUAAUUAAAUCAAUGGCCGCCGCCACACCAUUGCUAUUUUCAACAAAUUGUUCUUCGGUUUCAAUUUCCCGCCAAACCACUUAUCCGUUUCUGCCUAAAUCUGAAAUUCAUAUUCAUCCCGGAACGACGUCGUCUAAGAGAAUAUCUCUGGUGCGGGCUUCUUCCAACCCCGAUUCCGCCAAUGACAAGGCGCCACUUGUUUCUCAGGAGGAUGUAAGCUAUUUGGUGAAAUUAGGGGGAGGUUCAAUUGCAGGUGCAGCAGUAAUAAAAUAUGGAAGCAUUAUAUAUCCAGAAAUAACACAGCCAAAUCUUGCCCAGGCCUUGUUUAUGAUUUUUGCUCCUGUUGUACUUGCUGUCUUCCUCUUGAUCAAACAAAGUCGUCUCGAUUGAGAUAUCAUAUAAAACGCGUUUUUUUUUAAUAAUUAAUGUUACGAAAUAGAGGGUUAUAUUUGUCAUUCCGAUUGUUGUGAUAUACCGAGUAUUAUUGUACUGACACAAAUUGUUUAGUUAUGUUGCGUGC